CCAAUGCCAACCAUUCCACAUCAAGAUGCGUUUCUAUCUGCUCUUCUUUUUGGCCCUCAGCUGCUGUCUGCUGCAAUUCUCCGUGGCUGGAGUUAACUUGGUGCGCGGUCUGCAGACUGCCGGUCAUCAUCGCAACUCCACGGGUUCGCCACCACCGCGUGGUGCUCCUCCGCCACCUCGCACCACCACCGCCAGCUCUUCGGGAUAAAAGGAUGGAUUGGAUAUAGAUCCCAACUGAAAUCUUGAAACAUUGACGAACCUAUGAAAUGAACCCUUUUUGUGAACCGUAACUCUAUGUAGUCCUUCAGCUUUAAAAUAAAUAAAAAAAACUUUCCAGCAAAAAAAGAAACGAAAUUAAUCAUUUUUUAAUAUACGGCAAAGAGGUAAAAAUAUCU